AUGGACGCGCUGCUGUCCCCCCGGCCCCACGCGGCGGACACCGGGAACACGAACCCGUGGCUGAAUUACACCAUCAGCCCCAACGCUUUUCACAAGCGCUUAAACAACAUUGAAUCGGGCCUUAAACACAAGAAAAGGGGAGAGCAGCACACAAGACGGACCUUUACACUAGGUUUCACACUCCAAAGCAGCAUAGGGGUGGACGGGGAGAUGGCCUCCAUCGCUUCCACCUGCAAUGAUCCGGGGACGAUGCAGAACGGGACCCGCUACGGUGACAGCAGGGAGCCCGGUGACACCAUCACCUUCCAGUGCGACCCUGGCUACCAGCUCCAAGGACAGGCCAAGGUCACCUGCGUGCAGCUCAACAGCCGGUUCUUCUGGCAGCCAGACCCUCCGACGUGCAUAGCUGCGUGUGGAGGGAAUCUCACGGGACCAGCGGGUGUCAUUUUGUCCCCCAACUACCCCCAGCCCUACCCCCCUGGGAAGGAGUGCGACUGGCGGAUAAAGGUGAACGCAGACUUCGUUAUCGCCUUGAUAUUCAAAAGUUUCAACAUGGAGCCGAGCUACGACUUCCUGCACAUCUACGAAGGUGAGGACUCCAACAGCCCCCUGAUCGGGAGCUUCCAGGGCUCCCAGGCCCCGGACAGGAUCGAGAGCAGCGGGAACAGCCUCCUGCUAGCCUUCCGCAGCGAUGCCUCCGUGGGCUUGUCCGGCUUUGCCAUUGAGUUUAAAGAGAAACCUCGGGAGGCUUGCUUUGACCCCGGGAACAUAAUGAACGGGACGAGGAUUGGAACUGACUUCAAACUAGGCUCCACGGUUACGUACCAGUGUGACUCGGGCUACAAGAUUGAGGACCCCGCGUCCAUCGCAUGUGUGAUCGGGGCCGACGGCAAGCCCUCCUGGAACCGCGCCCUGCCCACCUGCAAUGCUCCCUGUGGGGGUCAGUACAUGGGCUCUGAGGGGGUGGUCCUGUCACCCAACUACCCCCACAACUACACCGCGGGACAGGUCUGCCUCUACUCCAUAACUGUCCCUAAGGAAUUUGUGGUCUUUGGGCAGUUCGCCUAUUUCCAGACGGCGCUGAGUGACCUGGCAGAGCUGUUCGACGGGGCGCACCCACAGGACAGACUUCUCAGCUCGCUCUCCGGCUCUCAUUCUGGUGAGACCCUGCCUCUGGCCACGUCCAACCAGAUUCUGCUUCGAUUCAGCGCCAAGAGUGGAGCGUCGGCCCGCGGCUUCCACUUUGUGUACCAGGCUGUUCCUCGUACCAGCGACACGCAGUGCAGCUCUGUCCCCGAGCCCCGGUACGGCAGGAGGAUCGGCUCCGAGUUCUCAGCAGGUUCAAUCGUGAGGUUUGAGUGCAACCCAGGGUACCUGCUCCAGGGCUCCACAGCCAUCCGCUGCCAGUCUGUGCCCAACGCGCUGGCCCAGUGGAAUGACACCAUCCCGAGCUGCGUGGUUCCCUGCAGUGGUAAUUUCACUCAGCGAAGAGGCACCAUCCUGUCCCCGGGCUAUCCUGAGCCAUAUGGAAACAACCUGAACUGUGUGUGGAAGAUCAUUGUUACAGAGGGCUCUGGAAUCCAGAUUCAGGUGAUCAGCUUUGCCACAGAGCAGAACUGGGACUCGCUUGAAAUCCAUGACGGCGGAGAUGCCACGGCCCCCAGACUCGGGAGCUUCUCAGGAACCACAGUGCCAGCGCUGCUGAACAGCACGUCCAACCAGCUCUACCUGCACUUCCAGUCCGACAUCAGUGUGGCCGCUGCCGGCUUCCAUCUGGAAUACAAAACCGUGGGGCUCACUGCGUGCCAAGAGCCAACCCUGCCCAGCAAUGGCUUCAAGAUUGGAGACCGCUACAUGGUGAACGACGUGCUGUCCUUCCAAUGUGAGCCCGGCUACACUCUGCAGGGCCGUUCGCACAUCUCUUGUAUGCCGGGGACCGUCCGUCGGUGGAACUACCCCUCUCCCCUAUGCAUUGCCACCUGCGGGGGGACGCUGACCAAGCUGGGUGGAGUGAUCCUGAGCCCCGGCUUUCCCGGAGCGUACCCCAACAACCUGGACUGCACCUGGAGGAUAUCCCUGCCUGCGGGCUAUGGUGCACACAUUCAGUUUCUGAAUUUCUCUACGGAAGCUAACCACGACUACCUGGAAAUUCAGAACGGGCCUUACCACACCAGCCCCCUGAUCGGGCAGUUCAGCGGCUCAGACCUGCCGCUCGCCUUGCUGAGUACCACACAUGAGACCCUCAUCCGCUUCUACAGCGACCACUCGCAAAACCGGCAGGGGUUCAAGCUUGCUUACCAAGCCUACGAGCUGCAGAACUGCCCGGACCCACCCCCGUUCCAGAACGGGUACAUGAUCAACUCGGACUUCAGCGUGGGGCAGGCCAUCUCCUUCGAGUGCUACCCGGGGUACGUGCUGCUGGGCCAGCCCGUGCUCACCUGCAGACACGGCCCCGACCGGAGCUGGAACUUCCCCUUCCCGCGCUGCGAUGCGCCCUGCGGGUACAACGUGACCGCCCACAACGGCACCAUCUACUCCCCCGGCUUCCCGGACGAGUACCCCAUCCUGAAGGACUGCCUGUGGCUCAUCACCGUGCCCCCAGGUCACGGCGUCUACAUCAACUUCACCUUGCUGCAGACGGAAGCCGUGAACGACUACAUCGCCGUCUGGGAUGGUCCUGACCAGAAUUCACCUCAGCUCGGGGUUUUCAGUGGAAAUACAGCCCUGGAAACAGCGUACAGCUCCUCCAACCAGGUCCUGCUCAAGUUCCACAGCGACUUCUCCAACGGAGGCUUCUUUGUCCUCAAUUUCCACGCAUUUCAGCUGAAGAGGUGCCCGGCCCCUCCCGCAGUCCCCCAUGCCGACCUGAUUGCCGAGGAUGAGGACUUCGAGAUUGGAGACUUUGUGAGGUAUCAGUGCCACCCUGGCUACACCUUAUCUGGAAGUGACGCGCUCACCUGCAGACUCAGCUCCCAGCUGCAGUUCCAGGGCUCAGCCCCCUCCUGUGAAGCACAAUGCCCAGCAAAUGAAGUCCGGACAGAAUCUUCUGGAAUAAUCCUCAGCCCUGGGUAUCCAGGCAACUAUUUUAACUCCCAGACCUGCUCCUGGAGCAUUAAAGUAGAACCAAACUUCAAUAUUACUAUCUUUGUGGACACAUUUCAAAGUGAGAAACAAUUCGAUGCGCUGGAAGUGUUCGACGGCUCUUCGGGACAGAGUCCUCUGUUAGUUGUCCUAAGUGGGAACCACACUGAGCAAUCCAAUUUCACCAGCAAGAGCAACCAGCUGUACCUCCGCUGGUCCACUGACCACGCAACCAGUAAGAAGGGAUUCAAGAUUCGCUAUGCAGCCCCGUACUGCAGCCUCCCCGCCACGCUGAGGAACGGCGGCAUCCUGAACAGGACAGCAGGGGCAGUUGGAAGCCAAGUUCAUUACUUUUGCAAGCCUGGCUACCGGAUGAUCGGCCUCAGCAACGCCACCUGCAGACGGAGCCCGGCGGGCAUCUGCCAGUGGGACUCCCUCGCGCCUCUGUGCCAGGCUGUGUCCUGUGGAAUCCCAGAGGCGCCAGGAAACGGCUCAUUUGUGGGAAACGAGUUCACUUUGGACAGUAAAGUGACGUUUGAAUGCAACGAGGGCUUCAAGCUGGACGCGGAUCAGCCGAUGGCCGCGGUGUGCCAGGAGGAUGGGCAGUGGAGCACCAGGGGCCGGUUGCCCGUCUGCAGGCCGGUGCCCUGCCCCAGCAUCGAGGCCCAGCUGUCAGACCACGUCCUCUGGAGGCUGGUGUCGGGGUCAAUGAAUGAGUACGGGGCCCAGGUCCUACUGAGCUGCAGCCCUGGCUACUUCUUAGAAGGCCGCAGGCUCCUCCAGUGUCAAGCAAAUGGUACGUGGAGCACCGGACAAGAGAGACCCAGGUGUAAAGUUAUCUCCUGUGGAAGCCUGUCCUCCCCUCCCAACGGUAACAAGAUCGGGACGCUGACCAUGUACGGAGCCACGGCCAUCUUCACCUGCAACACGGGCUACACACUCGUGGGCUCCCAUGCCAGGGAGUGUCUGGCAAACGGCCUGUGGAGCGGACCCGAGACGCGGUGCCUGGCCGGGCACUGCGGCUCCCCGGACCCCAUCGUGAACGGGCACAUCAGCGGGGACGGCUUCAGCUACCGAGACACCGUCGUCUACCAGUGCAACCCCGGCUUCCGGCUGGUGGGGACCUCCGUCAGGAUCUGCCUGCAGGACCACAAGUGGUCUGGCCAGACGCCCGUCUGUGUCCCCAUCACCUGCGGACACCCCGGAAACCCUGCCCACGGCACCACCAACGGCACGGAGUUCAACCUGAACGACCUCGUGAACUUCACCUGCAACACAGGCUACUUGCUGCACGGAGCCUCCCGCGCCCAGUGCCGGAGCAGCGGCCAGUGGAGCAGCCCUCUGCCCGCGUGUCGAGUGGUGAACUGCUCUGACCCAGGCUUCGUGGAGAAUGCCGUUCGGCACGGGCAGCAGACAUUCCCUGAGAGCUUCGAGUACGGAAUGAGCGUCCUGUAUCACUGCAAGAAGGGCUUUUACCUGCUGGGGUCUUCGGCCUUGACCUGCAUGGCCAAUGGCCUGUGGGAUAGGUCUCUACCCAAGUGUCUGGCCAUAUCGUGUGGGCAUCCUGGGGUUCCAGCCAACGCUGUGCUCACCGGAGAGCUGUUCACAUUUGGUGCCACGGUCCGGUACUCCUGUGAAGCGGGCCAGACCCUCACGGGGAACAGCACACGGGUCUGUCAGGAAGACAGUCGCUGGAGCGGAGCCCCGCCCCACUGCUCAGGAAGUCACCCUGGGUUUUGCGGUGACCCCGGGACCCCGGCGCACGGGUCUCGGCUCGGGGACGAGUUUAAGACCAAGAGUCUCCUGCGCUUCUCCUGUGAGAUGGGCCACCAGCUGCGGGGCUCGGCGGAGCGGACGUGCCUGGCCAACGGCUCCUGGUCCGGAGUGCAGCCCGUGUGCGAAGCUGUGUCCUGUGGGAACCCCGGCACCCCGACCAACGGCAUGAUCAGCAGCAGCGACGGCAUCCUCUUCUCCAGCUCCGUCGUCUACGCGUGCUGGGAAGGCUACCGGACCUCGGGGCUCACCACCCGGCACUGCACAGCCAACGGGACCUGGACGGGCACGGCGCCCGACUGCACGAUCAUAAGUUGCGGGGACCCAGGCACACUACCAAACGGCGUCCAGUUUGGGACGGACUUCACCUUCAACAAGACAGUGAGUUACCAGUGCAACCCUGGGUACCUGAUGGAGCCUGCGGCCUCUGCCACCGUCCGCUGCACCAAGGACGGCACUUGGAACCAGAGCAAGCCCGUCUGCAGAGCGGUCCUGUGCAGCCAGCCUCCUGCGGUGCCGCAUGGGAGUGUGGAGGGCGCAGACUUCCACUGGGGCUCCAGCGUGAGUUACAGCUGUGCCGACGGCUACCAGCUCUCCCACUCGGCAAUCCUGUCCUGUGAAGGCCGCGGGGUGUGGAAAGGAGAGGUGCCCCAGUGCCUGCCUGUCUUCUGUGGAGACCCCGGGGUCCCGGCCGAGGGGAGGAUCAGUGGGAAAAGCUUCACCUACAACUCCGAAGUCUUCUUCCAGUGCAAAUCUCCAUUUAUACUGGUGGGAUCCUCCAAAAGAGUCUGCCAGGCAGAUGGCACGUGGAGUGGCGUUCAGCCCACCUGCAUAGAUCCUGCACACAACACCUGCCCGGACCCUGGCACACCGCACUUUGGAAUACAGAACAGCUCUAGAGGAUAUGAGGUGGGAAGCACCGUGUUCUUCAGAUGCAGGAAAGGGUACCACGUCCAGGGCUCCACCACCCGCACGUGCCUGGCCAACCUCACGUGGAGUGGGAUCCAGACGGAGUGCAUACCUCAUGCCUGCCGGCAGCCGGAGACCCCAGCGCACGCGGACGUGAGGGCAAUCGAUCUCCCGGCCUUUGGUUACACGCUCGUGUACACCUGCCACCCGGGGUUCUUCCUUGCGGGAGGGUCUGAACACAGGACCUGCAAAGCUGACAUGAAAUGGACAGGGAAGUCUCCGGUUUGUAAAAGUAAAGGAGUGAGAGACGUUAAUGAAACAGUUACUAAAACGCCAGUUCCUUCAGAUGUGUUUUUCGUCAGUUCAGUGUGGAAAGGAUAUUACGAAUACACAGGCAGAAGGCAGCCAGCCACCCUGACUGUUGACUGGUUCAACGCAACCAGCAGCAAGGUCAACGCGACCCUCACGGCAGCCCCGCAGGUGCAGCUGGAGCUGACAGGGGUCUACAAGAAGGAGGAAGCUCACCUCCUGCUGAAAGCUGCUCAUAUCAGAGGCCCAGCCGACAUUUUUGUGAGCAAGUUUGAAAACGACAACUGGGGCCUGGACGGUUAUGUGGCCUCAGGGCUGGAGAGAGGCGGCUUCACCUUCCAGGGUGACGUGCAUGGAAAAGACUUUGGGAAGUUCAAGCUAGAGAGACAAGAUCCCUCCAACUCUGAUCCAGAUUCUUCGAGUCGUUACCACGGCACCAGCGGUGGCUCUGUGGCGGCUGCCAUUCUGGUCCCAUUCUUUGCUCUAAUUUUAUCAGGGUUCGCAUUUUACCUCUACAAACACAGAACAAGACCAAAAGUCCAGUACAAUGGGUAUGCUGGACAUGAGAGCAGCAAUGGACAAGCUUCCUUUGAAAACCCCAUGUAUGAUACAAACUUAAAACCCACAGAGGCCAAGGCUGUGAGGUUUGACACGACUCUGAACACAGUGUGUACAGUGGUAUAGCCCUCAGCACCCCACUGGGACUGAUUCAUAGCCAUA